ACCUAUAUACGUGCUUAGUGCUCACUCUCACUGAUAAAGAUAUAUUGAAAAUAAACAGAGUGAUGUAGGUGAAUUUUUUGUUUAUUUCUAAGAGCAAUUUAUAUUUUUAUCUGAGAUCGAACUGAAAAAAUGAGUAAGCAAAAACUAAUGAAAGACCAUAAAUUAGAUGAGACGAAUAUGGCCGAUAACGUAGAAGAAGCCCGAAGAAAAGAUCUUGAAGAAAGAGAUGAAUUUGCCCAUCGUUUGAAAAAACGAGAUGAAAAUCGUACCAGAAAUAUUGCACAUCCUUCAGGUUCUAAGGCGUACGAAGAAGCUGCGAAGAGACUCAAAUUAGAAAAUGCUGACCGCGGUGAAAUUAUUCCCAAGCUUAGGGUGCAAUCUAGAAGGAAAUACUUGGAGAAACGUAAAGAAGAUAAGCUUCAAGAACUUGAAGCUGAUAUUGCUGAUGAUGAAUAUCUGUUCGAGGAAGAGAUACUGACCGAAAGAGAACGAAAAGAAAGGUACCACAAGAAAGAAUUAUUAAAACUUGCAAAGGAACAUGAAAAAGCAAGAGAACUUGAGCGAGUGCAUCGAUAUCACAUGCCUCGAGAUUUAGGAAAAGAUUCUGUGUCUGAUUAUAUUGAAGUUGAUGAAUUAGAAAAAGUUCCUCAAUCGGAGCAGAAAAAAUGGGAAAAAGACCAGAUGGCUUCUGCUGUUUUCAAAUUUGGUGCGAAAGAUUCUGUCAGAACAGAUGAAUACGAGCUAUUACUUGAAGAUCAAAUCCAUUUCAUCCAAGCAUUACAAAUACCUGGUGUAACAGAGAAAAAAGAGACUAAAUUAACAGAGGUACAAAAAAAAAAGCUUAGUAUCGAAGAGACAAAAAAGAGUUUGCCAAUAUAUCCUUUCAAGGAUGACUUGAUUCAAGCUAUACGAGAACACCAAAUAUUAAUUAUAGAAGGAGAGACUGGAUCAGGAAAAACAACACAAAUCCCACAAUACUUGCACGAAGCAGGAUUUACAAAAAAUAAUAAAAAAAUUGGUUGUACUCAGCCUCGAAGAGUUGCUGCAAUGUCAGUAGCAGCAAGAGUUGCUCAAGAAAUGGGCGUUAAGCUUGGAAAUGAAGUGGGGUAUGCUAUCAGAUUUGAAGACUGCACUUCCUCCAGAACUGUUAUUAAAUAUAUGACUGAUGGUACGUUACACAGAGAAUUUUUAUCAGAGCCCGAUUUACAGUCAUAUAGUGUUAUGAUCAUUGAUGAGGCCCACGAGAGAACACUACAUACAGAUAUUUUAUUUGGCCUUGUUAAGGAUAUUGCCAGAUUUCGACCAGAUUUGAAGUUGUUGAUUUCAAGUGCUACACUAGAUGUUGCUAAAUUCUCAGAAUUUUUUGAUGAUGCACCUAUGUUUCAAAUUCCAGGAAGAAGAUUUCCUGUAGAUAUAUAUUACACUAAAGCACCAGAGGCAGAUUAUGUAGAUGCAUGUGUUAUAUCAGUGUUGCAAAUACAUGUUACACAACCUCUGGGGGAUGUUUUAGUAUUUUUGACUGGUCAAGAUGAAAUAGAAUCAUGUCAAGAACUACUUCAGGAUCGUGUUCGAAGAUUAGGUUCGAAAGUUAAGGAGAUGAUUAUUUUACCUGUAUAUGCUAAUUUACCGAGUGACAUGCAGGCAAAAAUUUUUGAACCUACUCCUCCAGGAUCCAGAAAAGUUAUACUGGCUACAAAUAUAGCAGAAACUUCUUUAACAAUCGAUAACAUAAUUUAUGUUAUAGAUCCAGGAUUUGCUAAGCAAAACCAUUUUAACUCACGAACAGGAAUGGAAAGUUUAAUGGUAGUACCAAUAUCCAAAGCUUCAGCUAAUCAAAGGGCAGGACGAGCAGGUCGAGUGGCUGCAGGAAAAUGCUUUAGAUUAUACACAGCAUGGUCCUACAAACAUGAAUUGGAAGAUAAUACAGUUCCGGAAAUUCAAAGAAUGAAUUUGGGAAACGCAGUAUUGAUGUUGAAAGCACUUGGAAUAAAUGACUUAGUUCAUUUUGAUUUCCUAGAUCCACCACCACAUGAAACGUUGGUAUUGGCAUUAGAACAGCUGUAUGCAUUAGGAGCUCUAAAUCAUCAUGGCGAACUCACGAAACUAGGAAGAAGAAUGGCUGAGUUUCCAGUGGACCCUAUGAUGGCAAAAAUGUUGUUAGCUUCAGAAAAGUACAAGUGUUCCGAGGAAAUAGUUUCGAUAGCAGCCAUGCUGUCAGUAAAUGGAGCAAUAUUUUACAGACCAAAGGACAAAAUCAUACAUGCGGAUACUGCCCGAAAAAACUUUAAUCAUAUUGGAGGAGAUCAUCUGAGUUUACUCAACGUUUAUAAUCAGUGGAGAGAUUCUGAUUAUUCCACACAAUGGUGUUAUGAAAAUUUCAUACAAUAUAGAUCCAUGAAACGUGCACGAGAUGUUAGAGAGCAGUUGGUAGGUUUGAUGCAGAGAGUAGAAAUAGAAAUGGUUAGCAACAUAACUGAAACAGUUAAUAUACGUAAAGCCAUAACCGCCGGGUAUUUUUACCACAUCGCAAAAUUGUCCAAAGCAGGAAAUUACAAAACCGUGAAGCACAAUCAAAGUGUUACCAUUCAUCCAAACAGUUCACUGUUUGAGGAGCUCCCUAGAUGGAUUUUAUAUCAUGAAUUGGUGUUCACCACUAAAGAAUUUAUGCGACAAGUUAUAGAAAUAGAGAGUAAGUGGUUGCUAGAAGUUGCACCACAUUAUUACAAGCAGAAAGAAUUGGAAGAAACAAAUUUGAGAAGGAAAGUUUGAAAAUUUUUCUUUGCAGCGUUUAUCCUUUACAAAUAUCUUCAGUGAGGAUGUAGGUAAUAUUUUGGAGUCGCAGCAAAAACUGACCUCAAGGUCCUCACAGUAAAUGCAGAUAGCUUUGAAGAUAUCGCCGCAGUAGCAGACAAAACAUUUGAUACUGAAAGUGUAAAGACAAGUAAGUCUGGUUGAGACAAUCUAUUUUCUCACGAGAUUCAAAUAUGUUUCUACUUUGAGAUAAAUAUUGUAUAUUGAUUCAAUUUUCUGCAAUAAAACAUAAUAUAAAUUGAGAAA